AUGUCGUUGAACUGGGCAAUGUUAACGCCCGACCGCUCGCCGGUACCACUACCAGAUGAGCUGACGAUCACCGCCGUUACCUCCAACGUCGAGGUGUCCUUGAAUAUUCCUGAUGCGCCACCCACGAGGAGCUCUUCCUCAGGAGGGUCUGGGGGUGCCAAGAAACUCAAGGAAACUGGGGCACUGUACCUCACCGAUAAACGUUUGAUCUUCAUCGCACCUCCAAGUCGAUCGUUCGACUCGCUUUCUAUCCCCUUGCCUGCGAUCCUCUCGACUCGAUUUGAGCAACCGACCUUCGGAGCGAAUUAUCUGGGAUUUGAGAUCAAGCCCGCGCCCGACGGCGGUCUGACGAACGGUACACAGGCGGAGGUACGGUUCAAGGAUAAAGCGAUGUUCGAGUUCGUUAGUCUGUUGGAGAAGACGAGGGAGAAGGCCAUCUACAUGAAGAGACACGGCGCGGAGGAGGAGGAAGGUCUACCAACAUAUACGUACCCAGCAGAGUCAAGUACGGUAUCCUAUGUCGGAGAUGUACCAGUCGACAACCCACCCGGCUACGAUGCUUGA